AAACAAUAUAUUUUACAAGUCAGAAGAUACCUAUGAGAUUUUUUGAAAGUAUCGUGUAUUAUUUUAAUUUAAUUCCAAGAAUCGUGGACAAUUAGGUCAAAGGUUGAAAAUUGGAAUAUCCAGUUAAUCAUGCACAAACGAUUGUCUUGUAUGACGUAUACUCGCUCACAGACUUCACAGAGAAUUUGUGGUAGUCGAUCUUGUUCGUUCUGAGUACGGAUCGAGAGAUUUGUACGCAUGAAAAUGGCGGUUCAUCUUAAAAAGAGGGCUUGUGAAGAAUUCAGCCAUGUUAUCCAAAGCGACCUUAGCACACCAAAACGGCUACGUCUAAUUAAAAAAAGUUCAAAUUCAACAGAAAAACAGACAAUUGUAAAAGUCAAAGAUUCUGACAGCUCAAAAGAAAAACUUCAAUCCCUGAUUCAGUUCUCAAAAAAGCUUCCAAUACCUCCUAAUCAGGUACGGCAGAAUGUUCUCGAGCUACUAAAACUGUUUGCAAAUGAGAAAGAUUCAUCUGUUCGAACAAAGAUUGCUUGGUUAAUAGGGAAUUUGUGUCAAACAGCAAGAUUUAAUGCUCUGAUCACACUGAAAAGUAUUAUUUCACUCCUUAAAUCUGAAAAAUCGAGCCAAGUAUUGUCACAACUUUGGUCCGUUCUCACUAAUUGCGCUAAAAUUCUCCCGAAUGAACGAGAACUACAUGAAACCCUUGUUGAACUUGCUUGCAAAACAUUGCUUAGCAAAAACCAUAAAGUUCGAAGCGAGUGUCUUAUACUGAUUGGUAACCUCGGAAAAAUUGAGAAAUCGACUGAACCAUGUAGUAGUAAAAGCAAUAAAGUGAACAUACAAACACUUCUUGGAGAUUUCUUUGGAGAUCAAGAACCAAGAGUACGAUGUAGUGCAUUACAAGCAAUGAUAUUGCUCCAUCAAAGAAGACAAAACUUAGAACUUCAUGUGUAUAAUCAAGCUUGCUCAGCUCUUUCUGAUGACUAUGAAGCUGUGAGAGUUGCUGCUUUAAAACUUGUCUGGAUAAUGAGCAACAUAUACCCAGAAAGUGAGGUAUCUGUUUCAAUGUCAGAUGAAAAACUACGACUUGUAGAUGAUGCUUUUGUAAAACUGUGUGACAUGGUGAAUGACAGUUCAUAUAAAGUCAGAGCGGCUGCUGCUGGACUUCUAGGUUCCAUGCACCUAGUUAGUAAUUCAUUUCUUUUUCAAACUCUGGACAAAAAAUUGAUGUCGGAUUUAAAAAAGAAAAAAUCACUAAACGAAAAAGCAAAAGAGGCAUAUGUGGGUGAAUUCUCUUCUGGUGCUAAAUGGGCGGAUGACGCUCCCAAAGAAGUAGAUACGGAAGCUAACCAGCUUAUAAUUGGAGGAGCUUGUGGUGCCUUUGUUCACAGCCUCGAAGACGAAAUGUUAGAAGUACGAACUGCUGCUGUUGAUUCUCUUACAGAGCUUGCAUGUCAUCGUAUCAAUUCAAAAUUUCCUCAAGCAGCUUUGGAUUUUCUUGUUGAUUGUCUUAAUGAUGAAAUUGAAGCCGUAAGAUUGAAUGCAGUCAAUUCUUUACAUAAGAUCAUGCAGAAUGUUGCUCUUCUUGAAGACCAAUUGGAAAACGUAUUAGCGGGAAUGGAAGAUUUCUGUGUUGAAAUAAGAGAAGGAAUACAUUUACUGCUAAGUAAUUGUACCUUGACAUCAAAAUUCUGUCUUAAUGAUACAAUUAUGAAGUUGCUCAAAAAUCUCAAUAAAUAUCCACAGGACCGAAUGUCUAUCUGGAAAGCUUAUAAACACAUAGGAAAGCAUCAUAGCCAAUUGGUGUAUUUGCUUGUUCCGCAUUUACUAUCAUGCCAUCCUUACUUUGAUAUGCCUGAACCAAAGAUGGACGACCCAGGUUAUAUUGGCGUUCUUAUUCUUGUUUUUAAUGCAGCGGAAUUAUGUCCAAAAAUGACGCAAAUAUUCCCAGAGCAUGUUGUAAGGCAUUAUCAGUAUCUUCGUGACAGUAUACCUGAUUUAGUACCGCAAGAAAUUAAACUAACGACUUUUGCAAAUGGAGAUGAAUCGUGUAUGAAUUCCCCACCUCGACGGUCUGAAGGUGCAUCAGAUCCUGCAGAAUUUUUAAACAAAGCACUACAACGUGUUAAAAAUCUACAACUUCAUGACAGCAGGACACAAAAAAGCCUUCUCACUUGUACCAUCAAUGAUUUGAAACACAUUUCUAACAUUGCGCCAAAGCUUUCAUCGACUGCUACCAGCUCAGCAAAUUUUUUGCAAGCCCAACUACUUCUAUCAGAAAUAGUUGAUACCAGGGCGUGGUCUGGAUCUGCAUUGGCUUGCACUCAACAUUUAGAAUCCACAAGACCGGCUGCUAGAAAAAUUGAGAGACUAACACAAGAACUAGAGCAUUUGUUUCUUGGUCUGAGUACGGACGAAAUUGCUCUUCUCAGGCAGAUGUGCCUGAAAGCACAAUCAUUGGAGUUCCUAAUGGAUAUGCAGAACCUAAUGAAUCAAAAAGAUGUGUCAACGUCUUCUCUUUCAUUGAGAUGCCAGAAAUUCUUUAACACUAUAAAAGAUGUUCAUCAGUAUUUGGAAACGCACAAUCAUAUACCUGAUUCAUUUUCAAAAACACUUUUCAACGAAGUGUUAAAGUUGGAUCCAACGAAAAAAUAUUCAUUAGUUAUUAAGUUGCUUCAACCAUUGUUAUUGCAUUACAGUGUAUCUAAUGUCACUUUCUCCAACAAAGUUCGGGAGUCAAAGGUCGUAGUUCAUACUCCUCUUUCUCGGACAGAUUCCAGUAUAUCCUUUUCAGCAGGAUUAACUACUGCUCUAGAUGUGGAUGCUACUUCAACAAAUAUCCCAAACCCAUUGCGUGAUGUGAGAAUACAGAUUAAAUAUCCAGAUUCAACUGUUCAAAUGGUUCUGUUAAAACCACAGGAUAUCAAACAAAUAUCUGCAAUGGAGCAUCGAAUAAUUACUAAGGUGUUUAUCAGCCAUCAGCAAUGGACAGAUGCUUGUCUUAUCAAGAUGCAAUUUGUUAAAGUAUUCAACACUGGAAGAUCCCAUGAAGAAGGAUCUAACAUUGGAAUUCUCCCAUUGUCAAAGACUGUUGAAAUCUUGUUGCAUCCUAAACCCACUAUUCGUGCUUAAUAAUUGAUGAAUUUUUUACUUAAUUAAAAUAUUAUCUUCUUGUCA